AUGGCGAACGUUGCGCUGAUCGGAUGCACAGGCAUGGUGGGAUCCCAUAUCCUCACCAGCCUGCUAGCCAACUCCGGCGUCAGUCGCGUGGACACAAUCUCUCGUCGAACUCCUCAAACUGCCAGCGGCGCCCCGCAAUCCAAGCUCACCACCUUCGUCUCCGAUAAAACCGAAACCUGGGCUGGACAGCUCUCAGCGCUCGCGCCUACCCCGGAAAUCUUCAUCUCCGCCUUCGCCACGACCAGGGCCAACGCCGGCGGAUUCGAGAACCAGUACAAAAUCGAGCAUGGCUUGAACGUUGAAUUGGCGCGUGCUGCGCGCGACGCUGGCGUCAAGGUGUACGUGUUGAUCUCCAGCGCGAACGCGAACAAGGCCUCUUCGAUUCCCUACACGCGCAUGAAGGGUGAGAUCGAGGAGGAUGUGAAAGCACUAGGGUUUGAUCGCACAGUUAUUCUACGUCCUGGUUUGAUCACUGGCACGCGCGAAGAGAGUCGUCCGUUGGAGGCGUCUAUUCGCUUUAUUGCUGGGUGGGCUGGAAAGCUGCACUCGGGCUUGAAGGAUGGUUGGGCGCAGGACUCGGAUGUUAUCGCUCAAGCUGCGGUUAACGCAGCGCUGAAGGCUCUUGAGGGAAAUGUUCCUGCUGGUAGUGAGAAGGUGUGGACUAUUGACGGUAGUCAGAUUAUUGCGCUGGGAAAGGAGACUACUGGCUCGUCUUAG